UUUGUUCCUCCGACUCUACAUCAAUAUAAGCAUCCACCUGCCGCGGAUUUUGCUUGCUUUCCGAUGUACGUCGAUUCCAGUGAUUCUCGUGUUCCGUAACACCGCAGAGCACAGUACCGACAACCAAUCCGAACCUCCUAUCUUGAGUCCCCAAGUAACCAUGGACACGGACGAGAUGCAAGCAGAAGUGAGUCCGAACAAACAAACCCCUAAAUUGCGUCGUUCGUGUGAGACAUGUCGAAGCUCGAAAGGUCGAUGUCUACCCAGCGAUAAUGAUCCAAAUCGGUGUCAAAAAUGUCUCAAGGAUGGGAAGAACUGCAUCUUUCUGGAAGCCAAACCACGGCCCAAGCGAGCCAAGAACUCCAGAAUACGGGUUGCGGAAAUGGAGGAGAAACUCGAAGGCCUGUUAAGUCUAUUAGCUGCACAGGCUGGAACCACUGGGACGUCAGCUGUUCAACCCGAUACUUCGUCAGCACCAGCUCGGCCAGAUACUUCUUCUGCAUCUGCAGGUUCCUUGACUCCUGCAUCGACACGUGAUCAAACCGACCUCACUCUUUUUAAUGAGACAAACCCUACAGUGUUCCCAUCCAACUUCAACUUCCCUGUGUCUUCGCCUCAGCCUCAGAUAUCCCAGAGCCUCAGCAGCACCGACCAGUCUAUAUACUCCGUCAUUAACUCCCGCCACGAUAAGAUACAAGAUGUUAUUUCCAAAGGAAUCGUCAACUUUGUGCAAGCUGAACAAGCAUUACGCCUAUUCCAAGCGAAUUGCAGCAGUUUUCCUUUCAUUAUAGUUCCAGAAGGGAUGUCGGUAGAUGCGCUUCGUCGACAUCGGCCUUUCCUUCUCCUUUCAAUCCUCACAUUCGCAAGUUCUGGGGAUGAAAAGGUUCAAGCGAAACUUGAGCGAGAAAUGAGAGAGAAUCUCAGCCGAAGACUCAUAGUUAAUGGAGAAAGGUCAUUGGAUCUGUUGGAAGGAUUACUAGUAUAUAUUGCAUGGUAUCAUUUCUACUUCGAUCCCGAGAAUCAGCAACUGUAUCAAUUAUGUCAAAUGGCCACGUCGCUGGCAGCAGAUAUCAAUAUCAACAAACCUCCGCGAAGUCUCGGUAAUGCAUUGCAAAAGUUUAGCAUCGCGAAGCCAUCCUCUUUUCUAUCGGGUAUGGCUGCCGAGGACGCGGAAUCAAAAAGGGUCUAUUUGGGUUGCUAUUACAUAUCUUCUUCAAUAUGUCAUGGCCUUCGCAAACCAAACAACAUGAAAUACUCAAGCUACAUGGAAGAAUGUGCCCAAGCUCUAUCUCAAUCAGGUCAGGCUGAGACUGAUCGACUUCUUCCCUAUUUCAUCCAACUUCAACGACUCUCCCAGGAGGUCAGUGAGACUUUUGAUUAUGCUGCAAACUUUGAACUGCCACCUUUGGAUGCUGGCCGCAUCAGCGUCCUGUCAAAAGCAUUUGAACAGCAACUGAAUCAGAUCGAGUCCUCAAUUUCGUCUGAAGCCUGGAACAAUGACUUUGAAGUCCAAUUGACAAUGCAGCUUCACGUCACACGCAUUCAUAUCAACGAGGUUGGCUUUCAUGCGGCCGCCUUGCCCCAGGACCAAAUGUUAUAUCCUCAAAUUAGGUCCAAGUCAUGGUAUUACUCAUCCGCCCGGAGCGAGAGCCUCAUGCGCUGUCUUCAAGCAUGCAAAGACUUCCUUGAUCAUUUUCUGUCCCUCCCAUCAGAAGGUAUCAUCAAUAGCACAUUACCCGACAUGCUUGGGUUGGUCUAUACCGUGCUGGUUUUAGGAACAUUCGCAGUGCGCAUCGAUACCCCCACUCUCGACGCCGUGCAACUUCGAGAAAUGGCAAAUUAUGACUAUUAUAUCUCUGCUUUAAUCAACAAAACGGAACAUGUCAUGGCGUUCUCGGGUCCUGCUGGUGCUAAUGAUUAUAUGCAUCAUAUCCACGUUUUGUUCUUGCAAACUAAGGUCUGGUAUUCUCAGGUGUCAUCUGAUCCUUCUGUUUUUAGCACGAUCCCCGAGAUCGCACGCCCUGGCUUUUCGUUUAUGGAUAUCUUAAGCACCAUCGUGGAUCGUUGUGUUGAUUUCUCAGCCGCGACGAUAUCGAACUCUACCACUUCUGACGAGCAAUGGACUGAGCUUUUGUCGGAAUGGUCUGGGGCUCUGGAACAAUCGACUAUACCUAUGGAGGGAACGAUGGAAGAAUUUUAG